UCAAAUUCACAGCACUCCGCAUCAGCACUUUGUGCUGUGCAGACUCUGAGCAGGGAGUGUGUGGGCCCUGGAUAACCAGGGAGUCCAGAGCUACUGAGCCUCCUGCAGAAGCACCCCGACGAGGAACACCAGCGACGCCAGCCCCUGCUCCUGCUGCUGGAGGCUCCGUGGAGUGGUCUGUGUAUGUGUGUCUAAGAAAAUCCUUUGCACAGCAUGCCUCUUGCAGGAACACCGGCUCCCAACAAGAAGAGAAAGCCUACUAAGCUCAUUUUAGAACUAACCCAAGAAGUCAUGCCACAAGAAGGGUCCAAGCUGAACCUGGGGAAGAAGAUCAGCAUCCCCCGGGAUGUGAUGCUGGAAGAGCUCUCUCUCCUCACCAACAAAGGAUCCAAGAUGUUCAAACUUCGCCAGCUAAGGGUGGAGAAAUUCAUAUAUGAGAAUAAUCCAGAUGUUUUCACCGACAAUUCUGUGGAUCAUUUUCAGAGGUUCAUCCCACCUGUUGGGGGACACUAUGGAGUUGAUGCUCAUGGUUACUCAUAUAGUGGUGGGAGGAUGGUCAGUGGUGUAACUGUAGGGCCAUAUGGAUCCAGUAAGCUACAAUAUGCCCCCACCCCUCCUCCAAAACCUGGAAGCAAAGGUGGACCUGGAGGAACUGGAGCUGGGGGAACUGGAGGUGGCCACACAGAGGGAUCUGCCGGCACAGAAGGAGGAGUGAACGGCGGAGGAGGAAGUGAUACCACUGGUGGAAAAGGUGACAACAAAGGUGGGAGUGGGAAACAUGUCUCCAUUUUUAAGACCUACAUCUCACCAUGGGAAAGAGCUCUGGGCCUUACCCCACAAGAGAAAAGUGAAUUCACAAUUGACCUCUUGUCUUAUGGCAGCAAAGCAGAACUCUGCCGUUAUAAAUCUUUUAACAGGUCUGCAGUACCUUAUGGAGGAUAUGAGAAAGCCGCCAAGCUGAUGACCUUCCAAAUGCCUGAAUUUGAUGCUGGCCCUUUACCUGAACCUGUCAUUGUUUAUAAUCAAGAAGUCACCAACAGACCCUCUUUCAACAGGACCCCAGUACCCUGGCUGGGGUCAGGAGAACCUGCUGAAUACAACAUUGAGGUGAAUGUGCCAGUGGCUGGUGAAACAGAAGAAUUAUAAAACCACACCUCCCCCUCCUUUGUCUCAACCCUGCUCACUUCCAAGUCUGUUACAAGGAGCUAAAAAAUGUACUUCCAGUCCCAGAGAGUUGUCUUCAUCUUUGGCCCUAGAACAGCCAAAUUCCCAGUAGGUUCUAACACAUCUUUGCUGUGGUGUUUAGCCAUAUCAGAGGUAGAAGAGGGAAAGUACUAGUGAGCAAGAAAGAAGAAGGGAAGGAAGGGAAGGAAGAAAGUGAGAGAGAGAAAUGGCUUAUGUAUUUGCCCAUGAAGACAAAAAAGAAAAAGAAAAGAAAAAGACAGCCUUAGGUGUUUAAAGAUAAUCAGUGCUGCCUGCCUGCCUGCUCUGUACUGAGUUUGUCCCUAUUCUGUCAUUUGGCAAAAAUGAAUAAAGCAUCUAGAAAGAAAGAG